GGGUCAAGAGCAACGGGUUAUACGAAUUGCACCGAUAACAGUCAUUUAGACUAUGAAUAAUAAAAAACUCUUCCACUCCGAGAUGGUCUAAGACUCCUAUCGCCUGAAAGAUGAAAUUAAUUGUAUUAUUAUUUCUUGUUUUCAUCGCAACAGCUGUCGACUCCGCUGCCAACGAGGAGGAGCUACAGAAACAAUGUUUAGAUGCACACAAUGAGUUCCGCACGAGGCAUGGUGCGGGGAAACUCGCAUGGUCAGGGGAGCUGGCAAGCGAGGCUCAGAAAUGGGCCAAUCAUCUGGCGUCCAUCGAUCAAAUGGAGCGCGACCCGUUGACCAAUGGGGGCGAGAAUAUUUUCUAUAUGUACGGGGGGAACCCACGGGAGGCAUGCGAGCGUGCCGUCAGAAAUUGGUAUCAGGAAGUGAAGAAUUACGACUUUAAAAAUCCUCACUCGGAUCCCAGCACAAGUCACUUCAGUCAGUUAGUCUGGAAGGGUACCAAGAAGCUUGGGGUCGGCGAGGCACAGAGCAAGUCUGGGAACUUCUUCCUGGUGGCCCGGUACCACCCCAAGGGGAAUAUGGAGGGUGCGUUUAAUGACAACGUGGAUGGUGUUAUGGACGUACGACUUUCGGUCGAUCCCGACAAGGAUAAACAAAACGUCACGCAAUCAACGUCAGACAACAAGACGGAGGGUACGUCACGAGAGAACACGACACGCGGUGAUGCAAAUGAAAACUCGGAACCCACACUAGCUAAUGUUGUUUUUCCCGGUGCACCCAUCGUUACAAACACGUCUGCAGCAGUCGAGGGAAAUGUGGCAACAGGAACAACCGCUGACGCGGCAACCACGAACUUAGCUACAGGAAAUUCCUCACCAACUGCACUUGUCACGUCUUCAAAGACUGAGACACCAACAGUUUCAUCAUCAGAGACCAAGACAACGAGACCGACGAAAAUCCGGGACACCGCAAGUGAAGCGUUACAGCCAAUCAGCGAAGAUCAGCCCGAAGUGCAGCCCAGUCUCGCUAAAAUCAAGCUUCAUGUUGAGGUCCAGAAAAUGGCUGAUGAAAAACUGAUGACGGAGAAGCCACCGAAAGAAGGUAAAGACUUCCGGGUCGAGCUUCGUUUCACUGGCAUCAAGUUUGAGCACAGCAUGGGCUUCCCGUAUUCAGACUCCUUCGAAACAGUCAGACGCAACAUCACGCCUGUGAUCAUGCAAGUUUACGAGGACUACCAACCCUUCCAAGAGGUGCAGCUCAUGGCUAUCAGUAAUGGCAGCAUCAUCCCCGCGCUGGGUCUUAUCUUCAGUAAGAAAGGAGAAGGACACCUCGACCUCCUCACCGCGGCAAUCAGUACAGGCAACCUUGGGGGCUUCGCGGUCUCCCCCGGAUACGUGUCCGCCGCUGCGCUUGCUGACAACUACCUGAAGCUGACAUUACCGCCACAGCCUCACACCGCGCCCGUCUGUCCCCAGCCAUGCUCCGCCCCUACCCUCUGCUACCACACCGGCUGCCACGUGGAUUGCUGCGCCUUCCACCCGACACACCCCCAUCACCCUACAACCACCCUUGCUCCACCUCCUCCAGCCUGCCCGGCCACCUGUGACCAGCAGUGCUACCCCCAGUGCGCCCCCGCCUGCUGCGAUACGGCCACACCCACCAUCACCCUACCGCCGGCUUUCCUCUACCCCUCUGUCCCUGUGGUACCCCCCGCCCAGCCACCGCCCAUGCCCGAUAUGGGCUACUCAUGCCCCUCCGACUGCCACUUCUCCUGCUACCCGCAGUGCACCCCUGAAUGCUGCAGUACCACGCCACCCACCGCCCAGUGCCCCUCCUCCUGCGCAUGGACCUGCGCACCGGACUGCACCAGCGAGUGCUGCGCGCGCCAUAAAGUGUCUGCCGCCUUGUCUCGUCCGCUGACCAGUAAGCUCGCACACCCCAAGCUCCUUCCAGGGCGCUUUCCAAGACUUCAAUCUUUGGCAAGGCAAAGCCAUUUACGGCCCUACAUAGGGCACCACAAUCUUGGAUAUGCCUUGGGCAAAAACGCCGGACACUCCGCAUUUGUAAACCAUAAUACAUUUUUGCCGCGGUAUGGCUUCUCGAGAACCUUAAAGAAGAACCCACCGAAGCACGUGACCAUCCGUCACAAGGUUAAAGGACUAACCGGAAGUGCGAUUUCACGCAUGCGUGAUUUAAAAGAACCACUGGGCGUUGAGCUCGCUUAUCGCUAUGGCAACAAGCUACUCGUCCCAGUCCCCGUCAACUACGAGGAAAUGUUAAGACCAAAGUUCGUCACUGUGCCCUUGUUCAAGAGGACAGGUGUGCGAAAAAUACCAGAGAAUACACCACGGAGGCGUAUACCAUCUAAUAUACCCCGGGGAGAUACGUUCACUCGACCCCAGUUCAUGAGGCGCAAUAAUAUGCCACAGGCAUACCGCGCGGGAUUUCUAGGAUUUUAUAGACCUGAUUAUAGCAGGCUGACUAUGGUACAACCAAGGCACAAAAGGAAACAGGAAUAACUGGUUUAAUCUGGUUUGUCCAUUGUAGAAAUUCAUUCUUCAGAACCAUAUCUCAUGCAGAAUUAAUGAUCUGAAGUCAGUUUAUUUUAAUAAUCGUAAAAGAUCAUUAGAAGACUUCUUCAGCGAAAAUAGUUAAACAAACAGAGGUUAUUUUGCAAUUGGUGGGACUGACUUCAAAGGUUGUAUCCGUUCUUGGAAACCUUGUUUGAAGGGCUCUCUGUAGAUGUAUCAAAGAACAGCAUGGAUAAUAGCGGUCAGCUAUACUUCUUAAAAGUGUGGUGGUUUUUAAAGCAAGUGAGCAAAAAUCUUCACAUAUCUCCCGCACUUAGUUAUUAAGUUAUAGAGCAUGUUUACUUUAUAGACUAUAGACUGAGACAAUGUGUCGUUUUGGGAAGCGUGUUAUUACGCAACCUGCGAUACAGCUAUAAUCUUGUUUAAGAAAGACCCUUGGAAUUUGGUAUGUGAUGUCGAGAACGCAAAGGUGGGGAGGGGGAUGCGAAAAAGAAAUAAGCUGCUUUAAUCCCCCUUUAAUUGAUAGCUCCUGUCUCUCCUCUAAUGGUGGAUUAUCGAGUAAAACGUGGCCCACGGAAAACUCAUGACACUACCCCUUUAAUUGAUAGCUCCUGUCUCUCCUCUAAUGGUUGAUUAUUGAGUAAACCGUGGCCCACGGAAAACUCAUGAAGUAUAAUGUAAAUCUAAGUUUUGCAAAUGACUUUUUGCGGAAGUAAAAAUUACUGUCAUAAGGUCAGAGAAUAGGCAACACAAUUCACCUCUUCACCAUAGACCAACUGCUUAGGUAGUGUUAGGUGAGAGAUUAUUAUGUAUUUUAUUGUGAUUUAUUGUAGAAAUAUAUUGGGAAUAUAUAGUUUACAUAUUGACAUGCAAUAGUUUUACACUUGGAUGUAAUAUAAAUUGUGAUUAUUAAAAAUCGACUUUUGAAAUACAAA